AUGGCAGAAUCAAUUUAUUCAAACUAUCCGCCAGACCUGUCCCCAGCUCAACAAAAGUUUCUUGUCACAUUUGUGAAAGACUGGGCUAUUCAAAAUGGUCUUGCUGUCCGACCAUCCCCAGCAAUUAUCCCAGCUGGGGCAGAUUCAAAUGGGGUGCUGGCUACAAAUGCGCCAGUGACGCUGUUCCCCAGUCCGUUUCCUAGAACUUGCUUCGAGGAAGCGACUGCGCUCCAAGAGAUCUACAACGAACUCUAUGCUAUGAUCACAUGCAAUGAAGAAUGGCUAGGGAAGAUCGUGGAAGAGCUCAUUGAAGUUGAUGACUUUGUCUCGAACUUGUGGAAGGUUCAUCUAGACGUGCAGAAGGAGGGAUAUGUUCAAAAUCUGUCACUGGGGCUCUUCCGGUCCGAUUACAUGGCCCAUGUUCUGCCUACAGGUGUCUCAGCUCUAAAGCAAGUUGAAUUUAACACGAUUUCGUCAUCGUUCGGAGGACUCUCAGCUCUUGUGCGACAAAUGCACACCGAGCUUCUUUCCUCGCCGCCGGGUUCAUCAAUCAACUAUCCGCCCCAUCCUCUGCUACAAUCCGAGGUUCCACCGGAAAACGCCGCAGUGGAAACCCUCUCAGCAGGAUUGGCAGCAGCUCACGAAGCCUACGGGGUGUCCAAGUCCACCCCGGCCCUCCCUCUUUGUGUUCUCUUUGUAGUCCAAGAGACAGAACGGAACGUUUUUGAUCAGCAUGCACUCUCGAGACAGCUCCAGACAACUCACAACAUCCCAGUAUUCCGUGUGGCCAGCGUGGAUAUCUUGGAUCAAACAUCCAUUCCCAGCUCAAACUCCGCACGACCAUUGUUAUACCAGCCCCCUCAUUCUCCCGACUCGACCUUCGAGGUAACAACUGUUUAUCUUCGAGCUUACUAUGCACCAGAUGAGUACAAAUCCAGUCGUGAUUGGCAAGCCCGAACUCAUCUGGAGCGCUCGGCGGCGAUCAAGUGUCCCACGGUGCUCAAUCAGCUGUCUGGCUGCAAGAAAGUUCAGCAAGUUCUAGCAGAGCCAACAGGACCAGAUCAUCUGUCAAGCUUCUUGAAAGGCAUUGACACUACCCUUGUUGAAAGAGUUCGAGAGACUUUUGCCCCGCAAUAUGACCUGUCGGUUAACAGUAAAGGUCGCGAGCUAGCCCUCAAUCCAGAUACUGCUCUCAACCAUGUGCUCAAACCACAGCGUGAAGGAGGUGGCAAUAAUGUCUACAAAUCCGAUAUUCCAGGCUUUUUGCGAUCCAUUCCAGAAUCUGAUUGGAGAGGCUGGGUGCUUAUGGAACUCAUCAAUCCUGCAGCCAAUGCCCAGAAUGUUGCCUUGCGGAAUGACGGUGAAGUCCUUCGAGGAGAUGUCAUCUCAGAGCUUGGUGUUUAUGGAACCAUUCUAUGGGAAAAUACCGGGAAGAUUUUGCACAAUGAACAAGGUGGGUAUCUGUUGAGGACUAAGGGCAAAGAGGUGAAUGAAGGUGGCGUAGCCGCGGGAUUCUCCAGUUUGGACAGUGCUCUUUUGUUCUAG